CGGCACUGCGGGUAGCGCUCCCUGCCCGAUCCUUCCGGGCUGGGUAGGGGUCAAAUCGCUCCUUCCGUUCCCUCUGGCUCUGUUAUCGUCGGUUAUGUACACCUCCCAUUUCCUUCCUCUCUCAGUGACUCCCAUACCUGCGGCCAGGCAGCAACUCCCAUCGUUCCCGUCUGUGGCGCCCACCGUCCAGGAUUUCGACAUUGUCUUAGUGUUCUCAUUUAUCUGAUGAUUGACAACAUCAAGUAGAAGGCCUGGACUUGCAUGUGUUUUUUUUGUUCAGUUUUUUUUAGAAUCUACUUGUGAAGAAUAUUUGAUAUUGAGGAAUCAGUAUUUUCAGUAGUGCAAAGAUUUGAUUUUUAUGACAAGGUCUAGAUACAUCAGUCACUCUUGAGAGCAAAUAGAAUGGCAAUGCUUAACCUGAAUCAAAUGCUAAGAGAGAGUAUCAGGAUGAGCUGCCUUCGCCCCUGGUACACAGUAGAGACUCAUUUUAUCUACCCGUAUGACUUCCAGUCCCGAGGGCAUCGGCACAGAUUAUUUGCUACGUCCUGCUCCGUCUCUACCAAAGUGACAAGAGGAAGGAAGGAGAAGGUGAUUGUGUUAUCUGGACCUACUGGUGCUGGGAAAAGCAAGCUUGCUUUUGAUCUUGCGAAGCGACUCAAUGGAGAAAUCAUAAGUGCAGACUCCGUGCAAGUGUACAGAGGGCUAGAUAUUGGUUCAGCAAAACCGUCUCUCACUGAAAGAAAGGAGGUGCCUCACCAUCUGGUUGACAUUUUGCAUCCAUCUGAAGAUUAUUCUGUUGGGAAGUUUUUUGAGGAUGCAAGGCAAGCUACUAAAGAUGUCAUUGACAAGGGCCGUGUUCCAAUUGUUGUAGGUGGUACAGGAUUGUAUUUACGGUGGUUUGUUUAUGGGAAGCCAGAUGUCCCUAAAGCCUCUCGAGAGAUAACGUCUGAAGUGCAUACACAGAUUGCAGAUUUACAAAGGGAUGACAACUGGGAUGGUGCUGUUGAGUUGGUGGUUAAAGCUGGCGAUCCAGGAGCUAAGUCUUUAGCAGUAAAUGAUUGGUAUCGUUUACGUCGCAGGCUCGAAAUUGUUAAAUCUAGCGGGUUAUCUCCAUCAGCUUUCGAAGUACCAUAUAAUUCUUACAAAGAACAGAUUGAAUUAGGAGUAGCAGAUGCUUCUGCCAAUAGCGGUUUAGCCGAUAAUGGGCUUCAACAUAUUAAGUCAAAGGACUUGGAUUAUGAUUUUGUCUGUUUCUUUCUUACUACCCAGAGACUAGAUCUCUACAGAUCAAUUGAUUUUCGAUGCGAAGAUAUGCUCUUAGAUGAAAAUGGAAUUCUGUCCGAGGCUAGGUGGCUUCUUGAUUUGGGUCUUUUGCCAAACUCAAAUUCUGCAACUCGGGCUAUUGGUUAUCGACAAGCUAUGGAAUACCUCUUGUUCUGCAGAGAACAGCGGGGUUCCAGCUCUUCACGGGAGUUUUUUGCUUUUCUGUCUGAAUUCCAGAAAGCAUCUAGAAAUUUUGCCAAAAGGCAGCUCACAUGGUUCCGUAAUGAACCACUUUAUCACUGGAUUGAUGCUUCGAAACCAAUGGAAAGCGUGCUUGACUACAUAUACGAUUCGUUUCACAGUGAGUUGGGGUCUCUGGAGGUUCCCCAAUCUCUCUUCAUGGAGAAAGAUAUGUCAAGCCGGCGUGAAAUUGCAGAAAUGAGGGCAUAUCGUCCUAAAAACAAGCAUUUCGUUGGUCGUGAUGAUUGCACCCCUGUUUUGAACUGGGUCCAGAACGCACAUAAAUCAGCAGCAGCCACAAGUGCAUGUAUAUCUUAAACUUGCAGCCACGGGGAUGGAUAUGUUUUAUCGUUAAAACAUGUAUCUUCGCCCAGAGAUCUUGGAGAACAGUGGAAAGUUAUCGAGUAAUUAUGUUCAAACCAACCACUGCGAAUCUUUGCAGGAACUGAUGGCAAUGGUAAAACUGUUCUGGUUGCGUUUUUUUUUUUUUUUUUUACUUUUUAGUGUGUUAGUUUUGUAAUCGUGUGCUAUAUAUGAAGCUUUUAAUGUAAGAAGAGGAUUCUUCAAGUCAAUGAUGACAUUUUUUAUGUACGCUUGGGUUCAGUUUUUGCCUAUAAACAAUGGGCAAUUACUAUGUAGAUGUGCUUGCCAAAGAGACUAUUAAUUAUUCAAGACCGGCGUUGAUAAUUAAAGUCAAUGAG